CAUCUCAGCGGGGCAUAGCGGGGCGCAGGAACGGCAGGAUGCGAGGAGCGGCAAUCCUGCUACCUUAUGCAGUACUAUAAUCUCGACAUCGAGGGGCCAAAUAUAGAAGCGUGAUGGCGGGAAGCCGGGAGGGUGUUCGGCCCCCAUGGAAGGAUUAAGAAAAUGCGGGGACGGCCUGACGGGAAGGGGGCGGGGCGUGGGGGCAGGCGAGUCGUAGGGUUAGGGCCGGACGGAGAUGGGAAUUUCGUGCGUGUAUUUAGAGAGCGGAGGGGUUGUGUUUGUGGCUGCAUCAUCACUACCAUCAUCACUGCCAACAGAUCGCAUCCAUUCAUUCAUUCAUUCAUUCAUUCCCAAGCUACAACCACUCUCCACAAAUACUCUCUCAAUCCCCCACCACCAAAAUGCAGUUCCAGCUCUCACUCCUCAGCCUCACCGCACUCAUCACGGCCGCUGUUGCGCGCGAGAACGGCAUAGUCUACGGCAUCAGCCGCACCACCAGCGACCGGCACACGCUGCUGGGGUACACGGUCGCGUCGACGGUAAGCGACACUUUACGGGCUGUGCAAGAAAGCCAAGAGAGGGAGAGGGAGAGAGAGAGGGAUUCAAAGCCGGACUUUCCACUGAUCGGCUACUGCAUGCACAGGACUCGCUCUGGAAGGACGAAGGCACGGUCGAGGCGCGCAACGCCGUCGACGGCCCGCUCGGCGAGGCCAUCUACGUCUUCCCCAAGGCGACGGACGUGCCGGGCUCGUCGCUCGAGAAGGGCAAGUUGUGCGUUUGCCCCAUGCCCCUCUCCCCGCUUCAAAACGCACUAACCAACACGUCGUCGUCACAGCCUCUGCGCCGUGUACUUCUCCGCCUCCAACACGACCUUCGCGGCGGCGCCGAAAGCGCUCGCUCGCGCCGACGGCGACAGCGCCCUCGACGCGCGCAUUUCAGCGCACGGCCUCGAUCCGGCCAAGACGCUGCGGUUUGGUGGCGUCGACAAGGCCGCGCUGGAGAAGCUGGGCGUUGUCAGCACUGAGAUGCGCGAUGGCGAGGGCAUGAUUGCGGUGCCGGUUAAGGUGGUCGAGGAGCUGGAUGUUGAUGGUGGGUGCUCUCCGGCCGAGGAGGCGGGCGAGAUGAAGCAGUACCCGGAUGGGGCCGAUGUCGAGAGGUGGGCGGGUGUCGUGCAGGUUUAGGU